UCGUUGACAUUUUGGUAAAAUCGAAGUGUUCGUGUUGAUAAAUCGUAGUUUUGGAUUAAAAAUUGGGGUAAAUAGUGAUGGAGGCACAAGACGGACCCAUAUUAUACGUUAUAGUGGUAGGGUUUCACCACAAAAAGGGUUGUCAGGUGGAAUUCUCGUUUCCUCCUCUCGUGCCGGAAUCGCCCAACGAGUGCCCCCCUGGAUGGAAGUACUUGCCAACUCUUGCUUUACCGGAUGGAUCUCAUAAUUAUGAUGAAGAUACUGUGUUUUUUCAUUUGCCGAGUUUAAAUAACCCAAAACAAACAAUUUAUGGUAUUUCAUGUUUUCGUCAGAUUCCUAUUGAAAAGAUCAAAAAUCGCACUUCUGAUAUGACCAGAGGGACUAUUCAAAAAUCGGUUUGUGUUUUAAGUAAGAUACCACUUUAUGGACAGAUACAGGUGAAAAUGUCACUUAUAACACAUGCGUAUUUUGAUGAAGGUGAUUUUAGUAAAGUAUCACUUUUAGAAGAUACUUAUCACCAUUUGAAUUCAGUUUUAACACAGAAUGAUUUUCAACAACAAAUUUUUGUUGGCUUGUCAGCCAGAGAAUUUGUUUUGCAUUGGAGGCACAAAGCAAUAUUAUUGUUUAAAUUGUUACUAUUAGAAAGGAGACUUAUUUUUUACAAGUCUCCAGUUCACCCCCUAUGUUCAACAAUUCUUACCUUGGCUUCCCUUUUCCCAGAAAUGAUUGAAAAAGGUAUGGAUCAAUCAGCAUGUAUACGAUUAUCGCGUCCUAUGUCACCAAUGCCGGAAUAUUCUGACGAUGAUCAAUCACCACAUUCUAGUCCCUCUAAAACACAAAUUGAAAAUAUCGAUAGUACUAAUCAAAACGUAUCUAAUGAAGAACUCAAUAACAAAGAAGUGAAUAUUUUGGAGCAUUGUGAGGAUGAAGAUGACAAAAACUCUUCACUUGGCAUCACUGAAGUAGGAAUCGAAAUAACAGAAGCGUCACAACAAAACGAGACAAAUUCAAAUGGGAAAAAUAACAGUCUGCAAAGAGACAUCAGUUCAGACACUAUCGCCGAUUCUAUGCACAAUAAUAUGGCAUAUUUAGCUCAUCUCAGCACAUCCUCGUGUGGUUUUCCUUUAUCGAUAUUUACCAAAGGCUAUAUGUGCCUUCCUUAUUUGUCACUGCCAUAUUUAGAUUUAGUUACUGAUGUUAAUGUUAGGGGAUACGUUGUGGGGGCUACAAAUAUUUUAUUUAAGCAAAAAAGUCAACUUUACGACGUUUUGGUGGACGUAGAUGCAGCCAGGAUUGAGUGCCAAGACUUGGAAUUGAGAAAACAGUUGCAUCUUACUACUGAAGAUUUAAGAUUUGCCGAUUAUAUUGUUAAACAUGUGUCUGAGGAAAGACAUGAUGUGUUUUUAGAUGGGGUUGGUUGGGAGGGAGGGGACGAAUGGAUCAGGACUCAGUUUCGUAUUUACUUGUUAUGUUUGAUGAGGACGUCACUCUCUCAAGAUGGUUCUCGAGAAAUUGAACAUUUCAAUACUAAUUUUGUCACAUCUUGGAGAGAUACUCAUAAUUACAAAAUAUGGUUAAGUGGAAUUAAUCCUGGAAUAUUAGACGUAAAUCCGGGACAUCCUUUUGCUGGUCAACUUUCAGUGGCCGAUAUGAAGCUACGGUUAGCACAUACUAUGCAAAGUUCAGAUAGUGGCAGAAAACUUAAUCAAGCCAUGGUAUCAACCGGGAGAGCUGUCGCUACAACAAGUAAGGCUGUAGGAGGAGCCUUUUCUCAAGCGAAAGGAGUAUUCUCUAAUUGGUGGAGUAAUUUAUUAGUAAGCCCGGAGCCUGUGCAAAAAGCUCUUGAAGCCUUUCCAGAUAAUGAUAUGCAAGUAGAAAAUUCCACAGAAAAUGAAAACAUUCCAAAAAAUGUUAAUUUAAGUAAUGGUAAUAUAGAGAAAAAUAAUUUUUCUGAUGACGGUUCAGAAUGUACCUUACCAAAUAAUAUUCAUCAACCUGGAGAAGUACAUACUGUUUAAACAUGUAAAUUUAGGCUGUUUUAUUUAUUGAAUUAUUGUGAUCUUUUGUUACAAUUACUAUUAAGUCUAGAAUUUUUCUAUUUUCAAAAUGUUUUUUAUAAGAUUACUCAUUUAUAUGUAUAUACAGUGUAUCCCCGAAUAGGUCAAACCACAGCUUCCUUGAUUUAUGAAAGAAGUUUCCCUUCACCCGGCUGGUGGCAUGCAAAAAGGGGGUUCUGACAGCGUACCAUAGACAUCAUGGUUUAGUAUGUUUACAUAGCUUACUACGUUGUCUAUACAGCGUACUCUAAUGUGUCGCCAUCUGUUAGUUUCUUCCGAAAACUUUCUUUGUUAUUUGAUAUUUGAACCGUGGAUUCGAGUUUUACUUUUCAAAAGAUCAUUAUAGUGGUGUUGUGACGUGCGUAUUUGAUUAUUAGCGGCACAAACGUAGUUAGAUUACGUUUUUAUACCGCUAAAACUAACGCCUUUUUACUUUCUACUGACAGCACAUAACCUUAUUAACUGUCAGAAUCUUGUACCGUAAUGUGGCUCCCUCUUGGAAGCAAAAAAAACGCAGUGAACUAAUGAACGCGACCAUCAGCCGGGUCAAGGGAAACUUUCGUCAUUAAUCAAGGAAGCUGUGGGUGAAGAAACGACUCUUGGGGUGCAGCCCUGCUUGGUUAAAGAUUAAUUUUUAACAUAAUCUUAGUUGUGAAAAAUCAAAUAUGCCUUGCCUUAAAACAAAACCUAUUCUUCUGUAAUGUGCUUUUUGUGUGGCAAAUACGACAAACAGUUAUUAAGAAAAGUUGUUUACAAUCAACAUCAAGGCCCACGCACCAAAUUUCAAACUCAUUGGCCAACUAUGAUUUUUUCAAUUUUUAUUAUUAUUUUAACACUUCUUUUAUUAUGAAUAAAACCGAUUUACAGUUAUAUUAUUAGUACUAAAUAAAUUUUUAACGUUUCCGUUAAUAAAAAGCAAUUAUCUUGAAAAAAAAAGAAAAAUCAUAGUUGCCCAAUGAUUUUGAAAUUUGGUAAAUGUUGAUUCUAAACAACUUUAACUGUUUGUUGUAGUUGCCACCUAAAAGGUACUUUAUAGAAAAAUAGUUUUUGUGAAAAUUUUCAAGGCAUACCUACCUGAUUUUUCAAAACUAAAAUUAUGUUAGAAAUUAAUUUUUAAUACGCAGAGCUGAACCCAAAAAGAUAAAAAUGUAAAUAGAACUUUUUUUAUCUUUUACAAGAGUCGUUUCACCCAUCUGAGGACAUACUUUUUAAAACGUGAAAUAAUUGCAUUAGAAUCAAAAUAUAAAUUUAAUGGAUUUAUGUACUUAAAUACAUGUUUUGUACAAUUUUUUAUUAUUUAUUUUAUUGACAUUUUAUUACACAUUUAAUUUGGUUGUUACUUAUUAUUAUUAUACAAAAUAAACGAUAUAAAUUUUA